UGAAUCAGCUCCCAGAGACAGCAGGACCCACUGUCUGUUUCUAGGUGUAGGCAACGUGGAACUCUUAGACUCCAGAAUGAAGACUAUCUAUACUAGGCCCAGGACAGCUGGGUCUAACUUUCUACCAGCUAUAUCUGCGAUGGCAUCAAGCUACAGGGGCCAGAAUCCUCUUAACUCCGUCACCCAUAGUUUAAUUAUGCCUUGGAGACCCAAUACCUAUUACAAAGUGGCUUCCAUGGUUCCUUCUCUGGCCUCAUUCUCCAAGAAUGUUCCCGAGGUUAUUCAAGCUAAGCCCCAUUCUCCGUCAAACAGAAUGGUGCUGUUCACCAGGUAUUCUCCUCAGGAUUGGCAUCUGUCCAACCAGAACAACUACAGGGAAUCCGAGUCUUCCAGGCACAGCGCAGUGAGGCUAAGGGUGGACACCGCACGUCUGAUCCAGGACAAGGAACAGAUCACCAGGAAGAUUCAGUCUGAGACCAGCAAGAACUUGGGAGAGCGUGUCAGUGAUAUUGUCUACUGGAAAUCCGAACUAACUCAUGAGACUGAUCAGGUCAUCAGAGAGAUCCACGCACUCACAGAGGCGAAGAAGCGAUUGGAACGGUCCUUGGCAGAAACUGAGAGUCCUCUACAGGUGGCCCAGGAAUGCUUGUACCACCGAGAGAAGAGGAUGGGUAUAGAUCUGGUGCAUGAUGAUGUUGAGAAACUGCUGCUGAAGGAAGUUGAUUGUAUAAAGUCGUGUCAAGAAAGAAUGAGAAGACAUCUCAACAGGACAAUAACCCAGCUCGCAUCAAAUCGGGCAGCCCAGCAUGAGCUGGAAAGAGACCUCAGUGACAAAAGCAUGGCUCAGAGAAUUGACGACAAAUGUCACCAGCUACGCAACACAUCAGAUGGGAUCAGUUACUACAGGGGUGUGGAACGUGUAGAUGCCACAAUUUCAGUUCCAGAGUCUUGGGCCAAAUUUACAGACGACAACGUCUUACGAUCCCAGAGUGAAAGGAGCACAUCCGCUAAACUCCGAGAUGACAUAGAAAAUCUCCUUAAUGCGACUUCUAACGAGCUGUGGAGCCAGUUCAACGCAGUGAACGUAUCAUUCACACACCGCAUCUCGGAGACAGCCAAUGCCAAGAACAAACUGCAGACACAUCUUGCUAAGACUCUGCAGGAGAUCUUUCAAACUGAAAUGACAAUUCAGGGCAUCAAAAGGGCAAUCAAAGAUAAGGAAGCACCGCUGAAGGUGGCUCAGACUCGCUUGGAUGAACGUACAAGGAGACCGAACGUGGAACUGUGCCGUGACCCUGUCCAGCAUCGCCUCGUUAAUGAGGUGUGGACGCUGGACACAUCCAUCCAAACCCUACAGCAGAGAUUGGAGGAGGCAGAGGACAUGCUACAGAUGCUGGUUCACACUAAGGCAGCCUUGGAGUACGAUCUCUCCAUUAAAGCAAACUCCUUGUUUGUUGAUCAGGAAAAGUGCAUGGGAAUGCGCAAAACCUUCCCGAGCAGUCCGCGUCUAGUCGGAUACAUAUAAAACCAGUCACGUUGCUUAGGCACGCAGGAGUUAAUAAGCACUGUCACGGCUAUGAUUGUGUGAGGUCAGACAGAGACUGCCUCUAGUUCCCCCGCAUUGCAUGUUUGCCAUCACCCCACUUUGAAAUAAAGAGUCUGAAUUUCUUAGCAUCGAAUGUUCCCAAUAGAGCACCGGGUCUCCCAUUGCCAUCGACAGCAAGUUGUUACCAUCAAACGAUUGAUAACACCACCUUUAAAAUGAAUCACUUUGCUGCUUUCAGACCCCUUGCACAUGUACGGCCAUUAAACAUAGACCCCAGAUCAUUGCUCCCUGAAUAAUGGCAGUGGGAGCUUUGACUGGAGAAAGUGUCUGGGAGCAAAGUUACACAAAAUUCAGGUUACAAAGGGGAAUAAAAUAAUAAUAAUCCUUGCAUUUGAUACA